UGGUUAGAAAUACAUAUAUCAUGUGAACAUCCUUCUGUCUUUACAAAAGCUUGCAAGCGAGACAAUCCUACGGAAGGUACGCACCACGUAACCUUACAGCUUGGAUAGAGAAGAGAGAGCGAAUACAGUUAACCCAGAAAAUUAAAGAAAACCCAAAAACAAGACGUUCAUUCCCAAUUUCAGAGGCCAACUUAAAGUAGAUAAACACACCCGUUAAUUAUUAUUAGUGAUUUCUUUCCUUUGUGUGAUCAUUUUUCUGGGUCUAUAAAAACCCAGAUUUUUGAUCCACAAUUGGGUGUUUUUUUUGAGAGAAAUUUUGUGGGGUUUUAUUUAAUUGAUUGAUUAUACUCAUGGUGAGGUCAGAAAUUAAUAGUGAUCAAGCAAUUGAUUUGAAUGUUGAACCUGAGGAAUCAUGUAUUUCUUGUUCAAUUUGUCUUGAUUUGGUCACCAAUGGUGGGGAAAGAUCCAGUGCUAAACUUAAAUGUGGCCAUGAAUUUCAUCUAGACUGCAUUGGUUCUGCAUUCAACAUGAAGGGAAUGAUGCAAUGCCCAAACUGCCGGGAAAUUGAGAAUGGUCGAUGGUUAUAUGCUAGUGGCUCCACCAAUUCAUCCCCAGAACCAGGAAUGAAUGAUGUGAAUGUGGAUAACUAUCCUUUUUACUUCACCUUUGCUGAAAUGCCUUAUAGAGUUCACAUUUGUCCAUUUCGUGGAUUCACUCAAGUUCAUCCAUCUUCUCAGUCAAGCCUUGGUGUUAUGAGCACAUUAGCUCCGAUGGUGACUCAUCAGCAUCCUGGAGCAGGCAGUCCUCAUCCUCACCCUCACCCUCCUCCUCACCCGCACCCUCACCCUCAUGGAUGGGUCUUUCAGCAUUCUUCUUAUCUGCAUCCCAAUCAAGCCUCUGGUCUGCCCAUGCCCAUUAGUAGCAAUGCUGGAAGAUUCGACACCCAAAGAAGCAUGCCUAGAUAUGUGCCUUCAGGACUAGGAUAUGAGCCUAAUCCCAAUUUCUCGCAUUAUCCAGAAGGUUCUCCCCCUAAUUAUUCCCAUCCUUGGAGCAUAGAUAAUGUUCCUCAUUUUCCAUUGCCAUAAUAGAUUAUAUGUAUAUAUAAAAAUUCUCGUCUCAAGCUCGGCAUGAAUUCUGGUGACAAAUAUGGUCUUUGGUGGAUUUUGCUAUGAUCUAUUGUCGAUAUGCGUAGAUCAUGAAUGCUGAUGACCCUUUUGUGGCUUUUUAAUCAUGAGCUGAACUGUUGUAAAUCUGGAACAUGAUCAAUUUACCCCAUGAUUUUGUACAUUUUGUUGGAAGUUAUUAUGAUCAUGCUGGAUGAAAACUGAAAAGUAAGUAAAGUCCACUCUGUUGGCAAUUGUAUUAAAUGAGGAAUGCUCAUCAGAAACAGGACUUAAUUAUCUUGAUGAAGAAGGAAAGUAAGUUUGAAUGAGAUGAAAAGUGUGAACAAGUCUUUCAAGCUCUUAAA